UUUUCUUCAACUCUUCAAGCUUUUGCGGAUGGCGGGGUGCUCGUUUGCAUGGCCCCAGCAACCAAGCUGGUCAAACCUAUGUCAAACCUUCAAGUAAAGGUGAGCCCCGUUGAACCAGAUUCAGACGCUGAGCAGCUAUGGGCUGAUGGCCGGACUUCCUCAGACUUGGGAUGCGCCACCUCCAGCGCCCUCGUCCUCAGCAGCUCUGGCUCCUCCAGCACUUCCUUGGCCAGUGCAGGCACCAUCUCCAUUGCUGGAUUUGCAACCUCCUGCAAGCAUUGCACCCUCUGCGCGAUUUCAGGUGUACAGCGAAGACUGUGAGGAUCCAGUGACUUUUGGACAAAGCCCCAGACACGCAACUGGAAGAGGCCGUACCAAGCAGGAAGUCUAUGUGCAAGACCUGCGGGAUAGUGGACGUUUCAGGUCUGUGUCUCGGAAGGCAGCGAAAGCAGCUUUAGCUCCAAGAGGAAGGCGUGAUCGGACAGAAGGAGCACCUAUGGGCUCCAGCUUGAGGUCGCAGAAAGCGAUCUUUGGUCCAGAGAGCUUGGUCAUAUUGGACCCCGAUGCAGCGCACUUGGAGCUCUUGGAUCCUCAAGAUGCGGAUGUCGCCAAGCUUUUGUCCAACGUGUGGCAGUGCCAAGUAUUGGCAUCCGUUUGUUGCGAUCUUUGCCAGGCGCUUUUAGCUGGUCUGAGCAUUGCCAGCCUUUUGCUGGUCACCUUGUCAGCAGAAGAACUGCUGGCAUUAAGUGCCAAGCUCUGGCCAUUCCUGGGUGGUGUUUUCUUGAUCUUGGCACAGGUUGGCACACUGGGCAGUGCUUUGAGCGUCACGCGGCUUCUAUGGAUUUUACAGGUCUCUAGGGUGGAUGAGCAGUCCUCAGGUGUGAAGAGGCGGCUCUUGUUUGCAGUGCUCCAUGCGAUCGUCAACACGGCGCUCCUGACAUUGCUGACAGUGCUGAGCUCUCAAGUGACUUGGCCUGAUUCGCAGAUGCUUCUGGUAGAGGGAAUUCUUGGUCUUUUGGCCCUGAUUCUGUGCCUCCCAGAGGCCUUCCAGUUAAUGUCUUCGUCACCACGACGUGUGUUUGACAGGCAACAGAAUGCUUAACAUGGUUGGCAGCUGUUAUUGCAAGGUUGAC